AUUCCGGCUCUCUCGUUCAUAUUUGAAUCGAACUGUUCCUCUAGAUCCACCGCAUUCGAAGAAUCGCUAUGGGUGGGUUUUGAACGGAAUCUGUGGGACCGGCGUCAUACACCUCAGAUUGACUAUAUGGCUGUUUACAUGGUUAAAGGAGAUCGGACAGCGCAGUACAUUCAUAAACAGGCGCUGUUGAUAUCAGAUGUACGGCUGCUGUCUAUGGAAUCAUCUGGAAUCUUGAAAUCUUUUGCGAGCUUGUUCGGGGUUUGGUACGAGUUCCUCGGUUGCUUCUCAAAUCCACCUGUUUAUUCAGCUGGUUGCGGUGAAACCUUCGAAAAAGUCUUCCCGCAGCCGGUGCGAGAAAUAACGAAGGGAGCCACUCCAUCACUUUUCCCCGGAAUGCUCCACUGCCUUUCUCGAUUUUAUUUUAUGACCGCUGGAUCGACAUUUUGA